UUGCUAAUUGAUUGGUUUACUUGCAUCGUUUUGCUUUUAAUUUAUAAAAAUGGCAUUUCAUUUGAGUACAAAAGAGCGUCUUCUUCUCCUUGUUGACGAUAUUGAACUUAUUUCCAAGGAACUCAUUGAAAAUACAAUCGCACCAAAAACACAAAAGAUAUCGAGUGCCGAACAUACGGCUCUCGUCGACUUACUAGUUUCUAAAGAUGAUGAAUUUCGGAAAAUGUUGGAAUUGGCCGAAGAACAGGCCAAAAUCGAACAAUCAAUGGAUGAAUUGAGAGCCAAAGUUGAUGUUCAUGAUCGCGAAAUACAAAAACUGCAAAAACAACUGAAAGAAGCCGAACAAAUUCUCUCGACGGCUCUGUUCCAAGCAAGACAGAAACUUGCAAGCAUUGCACAAGCCAAAAAGCGUCCUGUUUCGUCUGAGGAGCUCAUUAAGUACGCCCAUCGAAUAAGCGCGGCGAAUGCUGUGUGCGCCCCACUCACUUGGAUGCAGGGUGACGUUCGACGUCCAUAUCCCACAGACAUCGAGAUGCGAAGUGGAUUCCUAGGCAAAUCCGAACUGAACAUAAAUGGAGCAAGCAUCCCGCAUCAAAACAACAUCAGCGACAUACAACGCAACCCUUCCACCGGCGAAGUACCAAAUGCAUUCCAAAAUCAAUUCAAUUGGAAUAAUCUGGGAGAGUUGCAUAUGUCGAUGGGUUCGUCGGGCAAUUCAGUUGCAUUGGAGACACGAGCCCACAAAGAAGCCUCACAAGAUGACGUGGAAGUAAUGUCCACCGACAGUUCGAAUAGCUCUAGUUCGAGUGAUUCACAGUAGAAAUUGGACUCAAGGCCGUAUGAAUGCGUAGAUUAUGGUAGUUUUGUUGAUACAAAAAGAGUAUUUUUAAUUAAAUUGUGUGUCGUAACUUAAAAACAAACUUCGAAUAAAUGCCAGUUGCACAAACAUUCGUCGAUUAGAGGAUGCAAGUGUUGUACAACUGGUUCUAAAUGUA